AUGCUCCAGGUCCGCUACCUGGUGAUACUCGACUUCCGGAAUAAGCGCUCCGUGGUUCCUGUGCUCCAGGUCCGCUACCUGGUGAAACUCGACUUCCGGGACAAGCGCCCCGUAGUUUCUGCGCUCAAGGUCCACUACCUGGUGGAACUUCGCUUCCAGGACAAUCGCGUCGUGGUUCCUAUGCUCAAGGUACACUACCUGCAGAAAAUCGACUUCCUGGACAAGUGCUCCGUAGUUUCUGCGCUCAAAGUCCGCUACCUGGUGAAACUCGACCUGCAGGAUGACCGCUGCGUGGAUCCUACGCUCCAAGUCGACUACCUGGUGAAACUCGACUUCCAGGACAAGCGCUUUGUAGUUUCCAUGCUCCAGGUCCGCUACCUGGUGAACCUCGACUUCCGAAACGAGCGCUCCGUAGUUCUGGCUGUCCAGGUCCUGAACCUGGUGGAUUUUGACGGCCAGAAAAUGCACUCCGUAGUUCUGGCAGUCCAGUUUCUUGACCUGGUGACUUUUGACCAAGCGCUACGUAGUUUCUGCGCUCCAGGUCAUCAAAUCAAUACGCAUGCUUCAGAUAACUUUUUGAAUCGGAAAAAAGAACCGAACGACCAGGAUCAAAAAAUUGCAAUUGACAAAAAUUACGUACUCCAUCUUUCCGGUCAAUUUGAAAUUCCAGCGACGAGGCGCUUCAAUGACCAGCUAAUAACUUCGGCAUUUUGCGACAAUUGA